AUGACUGUGCAGGAAGAGGGGGAAGCUUCAUUGGCCGAGGAAUUGAAUCAUUUCUUCACUCAUUUUGAAGUGGGACUACCAGAGGCAGCAAAAAGACAGCCACUAGUUCACAGCAACGUCUGUGUCACUGUGGAGGAGCAUAGGGUAAGGAAUGUUCUGAGGGUUGUGGAACCUAGAACGCCUACAGGACCCAAUGGCAUUCCUGGUCGUGUGCUCAAAGGUUGUGCUGAUCAGCUGGCUGGGGUUUUCACCAAGAUCUUCAACAGAUCUUUAUCACAGUCUAUUAUUCCACCCUGUUUGAAGGCCUCCAUUAUUGUUCCACCGCCAAAGAAGAACCCUAUUAACAACCUCAGUGAUUAUAGACCAAUGGCACUUAUGUCUAACAUCAUGAAAUGCUUUGAAAAGUUGAAGGAGCCCCUCGUCAGUAAUAACAACCCUUAUGCUUCAUUUGGAGCAACGCAGGCAUGGGAUGAAGAGAAAAACUUGUGGAGUGCCCCCCAUGACAUCUCUCACACAGAAGCCGAUGAUGAUCGCAUACUGUACAACCUCAUUGUGGUUAGAGAUAAACUGGACAAAGAUUCUGAGGAAUGGCAAAAGCUGAACUAUGACAUCUAUACCCUAAGGCAAAUGCGAAGAGAAGUGAGAAACAGAUGGAAACGUAUCCUGGAAGAUUUGGGUUUUCAGAAGGAAGCCGACACCCUGUUAUCCGUAACCAAGCGAAGUAUUGUCAGUGAUUCUCAGAACAUGAGUAAAGCCCGUGAGAUCCUUUUGAGGCUGUCUGAGGAGACAACGAUUUUCCCAACAAGCUGGGAGCUUUCAGAGAGAUACCUCUUUGUGGUGGAUCGUCUCAUUGCCCUUGAUGCUGCUGAUGAGUUCUUCCGAAUGGCCAGCAUAACAUAUCCAAAGAGAACCCAUUCAGUGGAAGAUGAAGACAGUUGGAAAAUGGCCCAGUGCAAUUCUGCUUUGUCCUAAUGCUGCUCCCCUUGCAGUGGAAAUUGCUUUUUGUUUGGGUGGGUGAAGCCAGAGUGUUGCAACUUCUUUCUUGGUGCAGAAGGCAUUCGGGAUAAAGUACCCAUGGCACGGCAAGUGGCAGAAUGCAAUAAAGUCACCUGGCCUCAGACUUAGUCUGCAGUGGGAUGUCUGGACUUUUUUUUUGUAAGCCUUGGUGCUAGUCUAACUGCUGGUAGUCUUACACCUACAGUGACAAUAAACACAGUAAGAGUAUCCUGGCAGUGCUUGGAACUUCCUGUAUAAAAUGUUGCUUCUUGUAGGUGAAGUGGUUUCUUUUCUCACUGACUCAGUGAGCUGUAUUUCCUGUAAGCCUCUCCCGCUGUGUUCUUGUUUCAGUGAAAUGUUAAUAGAGGGUAAAAAGCUGACCUCUUCAGAAGCUGCCAUUUUGUCAAGUUUUUCCUCUCCUGGGAUUCCCCCAUGUAUCGUGCCAGCAACAGCCACUCCCCUCCCCGGGAUCUUUCCCCUGUGCUUAAAUAUGCAAUUUGAGUUCCUCUGUCUGGUAGAUGUACGUGAUGUGUAUUCAUGUGACAACACCAAUGGCAUGUUGUGAAGAAUAUCAAGAAUGGAAAUGACUUCCUGGCAGCAGAAGUGUCUUAAGUUAUCUCUUUAACAGGCAAAGAAACAGGAAUUUAGAUCUUGCCUUCUCCAAGCAGAUAUUUUUGCCUAGAGACUUUUUUUUUUAAAAAAAGAAAUAUGUCAGAGUUAUUCCAUAAGGAGUGUCCUCAGCCCAGCAGGAAUCUGUCUUGCCACUGUGAAAAAUCCUCAUGUAGAAGGCUUCCUUCCAGAUCUUGUCUAGGAAAGAAAGCCUCUGGAACCUUUCUUUGGAGGAAAACUCUUGUGUAGAAAAUUGCCCUUGAACUUGUGAAGUGAUACCUGAUUCUAGGGGCUUCCUGUGCUCCAGUGGGCUAUUUUUAUUGCAUGCGAAACUUGGACAUUCCAGUCUCUUGAAAGUUUGCUCAGGCUGAGCAUGCCGUGAUUGAGAGGCAGAAAAUCUUUUUGGCACAUCUAUUUUUUUCAUCAUCUUAAGUGUUUGACCAAAUAUGUGUUUAUACAAAACUAUAUUGUGUUACAAAAGCAAAUGAUACAAAAGAUUUUAAUAUAUCCCAGAAAUUUAUCUUGCUGUUUCUUGCUCUGGAAAUGAGCAAUAGUUUUUAAUGACCAUGGUGGUGAUGGUUCAUCAGUAUUUUAGGAACACAAAAAGCUGCUGCUCAUACCAGAUGGCAUUUGUUUUUGUUUUUUUUGGUAGAGGCAGUACAGUAAACAAAAUGACAGGAGGGAUUUUAAGUGUGUAUGCCAAUGAUGUUCA